AUUUGUAACUAAAGAACAUAAUUCCACGUCGUUCACCGUUUCGUGUUCCUACGUGUUAUUCUUUUUUUUGGUCACGUUAUAAAACCUCAAAAAGCUCUAGAGGAUCAGAGAAAAUAACAUAACCAAUCCCAAGAAGAAAAAAAAAACAGAGUAGAGAUUGAUAAAAAAAAAAUGAGUAGCUCCGAUUCUCCUCAGCUUCACAAUAUCUUCGUCUAUGGUAGCUUUCAAGAGCCUGACAUCAUCCAUGUCAUGCUUAAUCGUAUUCCUGAGAUUGUCUCUGCAACACUUCCUGGCUUUAAGAGAUUUAGGCUUAAAGGACGUUUGUAUCCAUGUAUUAUCCCCUCUGAGAAUGGAGAAGUUCAUGGAAAGGUACUAAUGGGAUUGACUAAUGAUGAACUUGAGAAUGUAGAUUGGGUUGAAGGAAACGAAUAUGAAAGAGUGUUUGUUGAAGUUGUAAGAAAAGACAAUUCUGAGAAGAUGAGAGUGGAAACAUAUCCAUGGAUCAACAAGAAUGAUCCUGAUAUUGGUGGAGAAUGGGAUUUCGAGGAAUGGAAACGAUUACACAUGAAGACAUUCAUAGAGGCGUUCACGGAGAUCAUGGAAAGGAAGAGGAAUCCACAAGGAAAGGGUAGAGAUGAUUUCAGCAAUGUACUCAAAGAAGAAGAUCCCGCGAAUGCUCCAUCGUCUUGAAUGGAUUUGUGUCGAGUAUGUUCUAUAUAUCACCUUUGUGUCUAAACUCCAUAUUAAAUAAAAAAAGCUGGAGAGUCUAGCUAGGUUAUUGUGGAGACUAAUGACAAGAAUGUUUUUGUCAUGUUGUAUUGUAAGAUUUGAGUUAUAUAUCAUGUGGAUUGUAUUAUUGUGUUAUACAAGAGUCUUUAAGAGAUUUUGGCAUCUUACUUGUGGCGUCUAUUGAAUUAAGCGUGUAUGGAUUAAGUGACUGAAAAGAGAAUUUGUAGUACCGACCAUGGGAUAAGGGUUUUGAAAUAUCCUCAAUGGUUAAAGAAGCAUACUAUAAACAUUGGAA